AUGAAAUUCACGCACCUGAACCGCACAGCUGUCUUCGCAACUAGAGGUCGUGGUCUCGAAAGCAGCGAUCCGCCAUCGCGUCCUAGUGUGCGACAUGGGGUUAAAAUGCAAGGCCCCGCUGCCAUCCAUGUCUUCGCAGUCCUCGGUAACAGCACCGAGACUUCCAUCAACCCGAAUCGCCGUUCCACGGACCCCAAGUCGAGGAUGCCACGCAGCGCGAUGGUCGUCAAACUAGUCCAUAUCAAGGCCAUGGUUCAAAUAUGGAUUAGUUACUUCUCGCUUGGUUCGAGGGGAUCAGAUCUGUGGCGUCUCAUCCCCUUCAAAGGAUCCUAUCCUCCCCAAAUACGAAAGGUCAAAGGUUAUAAGAAGUUCCCAGGAGGUCCGGUAAAAGGCUACAUCGACGUGCUGGAAGGCCGACUGUUCGAGCUCGAGUCGGCCCUGCUGCAGGUCCUGCCGCUGGUGUCCAACGAACAGCUCGACGAGAUCACGGCCUCGAUCCCGCCCGUCCCCAGCCGCCCGCAUUUCAGGGCCCGGUUUAGCCAGCCCGUCGACACCAGCGGCGGCGAGGCGUCGUCGCCGCAGAACCUCGUCGCGGCGCCGCCUCCUGCGGAGAUUGUAUUCCACCAAGGCCGCCAACAACAGCCGCGACAAGGAGGGAGACUUCGACAGCAUCAGCCAUCUCAGCUCGUCAUCUCAACGGGUGAUGGACAACGCUCAUUUCCCCUCCAGCAUAACCAACAGGACCCGAAACAGAUGCUGUCCAGUCCGUGGCAGCAACAGCACCACCACCACCACCACGACGGCCACCUUCCGCCAUCUCCGCCCGAGCUGGGCCCUUUCAAUGAAGGCCUAUGGCCACUACCGCCGCCUCUGCUCAUCCCCGGAGAUCCCACUUCCGCCUCGCGACAACACGACCACCACCACCACCACCACCACCCGUUCCUCGCCUCCCCGACAAGACACAGCUUUGGGGGUGGUGGAUUAGCUCAUUCCUCCGAGUUCGAUUUCAUGCCCGAGUUUGACCAAACCACCUGUGGCAGCAGCGGCACCAGCAGCGCCGGCGGUUGCGCAAGAGAGACCAUCAUGGUCUCAGCACGUGGGUUUUAA